AUGGCUCAAGGAUACGAGUGAAAGCUUACCCCAAGGCUCAGUUGACGGUCAGCAAUCCGAGCGAGUGAAAGAUGAUUCUCGAGGAUACGAUCAUGUUCCGCAAGAGUGCAAAAACGCCAGAAGACGUCGCUAAAUGGCGAUUGACGUACAACUUUAUAAUAGAAACCAAGUUCUUUCUGGAACGCUAUGAUAGCAUAGUGGAAACGUGGGAUCUCUGCGACAAGCAGUUCCUGAUGCUCAUGUGGGACGUCGAAGAUUUGCUAACGCAACUGCUCUACAAAUAUACCACGGUUUCGACGGAGUUCAUACGACAUUCGGCCCUCCCAAAGGUAGAAAUUAAAUGCUGUGAUCACGUGUUCGAGUGCUACAAAGAUCUGAACAAACAUUACUACACCGUGCACCACACACCUGGUCGAGUGAAUGAUGUGCGAUUUUGUGAAAUGAAGGCGGGUCUGUUGAAGUUGGAGUUUUACAAGAAAAGUUUAAAGUAUUACCUUGAGUUCGGUUCGUGGUGCGAUCACGUGUUGUGCCUGUACUUGAAGAAAAUCUACCGCAAAGUGAACUUUACGCUAGAUCCAUUCCGAGAGGAACCUGUCGCAGUGCCUCCUGGUGGUAAAAAUUAAAUGUUUUAAUUACUAAAAACAUGAAAUAAACUCAACACAAAUGUUCGUUUCGUUAACUGCCCUUU